AGACAAUAGUAUUGUUGUUAGCUAAUAAACUUGUAUAAAGAAAGGGCAAGAAUAUAUAUUGGUGUUUUUCUGCCACCACACUACACAUGCUGUCCUAUAUUCCUAUUACCCGAACCACUGUCUGCUUCACCUCACGCGAACUCAUUCAUAUGACAUAACACUAUAAACUCCCCCUUUUAUCUUUCUCUCUCAUUUCCAUUUUUCUAUUUGGGGCUUCGUUCAAUGAUAACUAGCAAACUAUGGCAGACCAAUGUGAUCUUCAAAUCCAUAUCAAUUCCCAACAAACAUUCUUUCUCAAUCAGAAAAUUGUGUCAGCUUUCUCAGGGAAGCUCAAAAAAUUGAUCAAACAACAAAAGAAAAGAACCCAGAUCAACAACCUAUCCUUUUCCCUUGAAGAUUUCCCAGGAGGCUCAGAUGGGUUUGAGCUUGUUUCAAGAUUCUGCUACAACAAUGGCAGAAUACCCAUCACAGUACACAACGUUUCUCAGCUUUAUUGUGCUUCACUUUUUCUGGGUAUGACUGAUAAAUACUCAAGUUGUAAUCUUUUACAGCAAACUGAAACAUUUCUUGAAGAAAUGUUCCAUUGGUCUUGGGAUGAUGUUCUUGUUUGCUUAAAAACUUGUGAAAAUUUCUUUUCAUUUGCUGAUUCUAGUAACCUAAUUGAUAAACUUAUUACCACUUUACUUGCUAAAAUUGCUCAAAACUCUGAUGUUUCCCUCAUUUUCUCCUCAAAAUCAUCCUCCUCUUCUUCCCCUGAUCAUACUUUAUCCUCCCAUCGAAUUCGGCUCUCCAAUUCAUCAACAAAAACUACCCCAGAUUUAAGCAAACAACUAUCAUCUUCAAGCAAUAAUCACACAAGUAAUAACAAAGCAUGGUGGUUUGAUGAUUUAGCUACGCUUUCUCCAAUGGUGAUUGAAAGAGUAAUCAGAAAUUUGGGUGCUUUUGGGAGUGAUAACAACAGCUUAUUACUCACAAAAUUCAUCAUUCAUUACCUUAAAACAUCCCUUCAAGGAAAGAAAAACAUCUCCAUUUACUCCAAAUCAGACUAUAGUGGGCUUGCUGAUACUGCUGUAUAUGGAGUAAUCUUAAUGGGAAGAACUGCAUUUUCUUGCAGGGCAUUGUUUUGGGUAAUGAGACUUGUUUCUGGAUUUGGGUUAAGUAAAGUUUGUAGAAGUGGGUUAGAGAAAUUGAUAGGAAGUAUGCUUGAUUGGGCAAAAUUGGAUGAUUUAUUGAUAUCUGGAAAUAGCAGUGAAGGGAAUAAUAUGGGAGGUGUUUAUGAUGUUAAUGUUGUAAUAAGAUUAAUUAGAGUGUUUGUACAUUGUGAAAGCGUAUCAUUAGAGAGGUUAAAAAAAGUAGGUUGGUUGGUGGAUCAGUACUUGGCAGAGAUUUCACCUGAUCAGAACCUAAAGAUCUCCAAAUUCAUUGGUGUUGCUCAAAGUUUACCAGAUUUAGCAAGGGAUUGUUUUGAUGGUGUCUACAGAGCUAUUGAUAUCUACCUUGAGUCUCAUCCAACGCUGUCAUUUGAAGAAAGAACGAGAUUAUGUAGAUGUCUCAACUAUGAAAAACUAUCCUUAGAAGCAUGCAAAGAUCUUGCAAAGAACCCAAGAAUCCCUCCAAGAGUAGCAGUUCAAGCACUUGCUUCUCAGAAACAUGUAAAUUAUGAGCCUCCAACUAAGUCAGAUCAAUUGGAAUAUUACUGUCAAACUCCUAAUAAGAUGAGCAACAACAAACAGAUUGUUCUGUAUGAAGAAGCUGCACCAUUAACUCAUCAUGAUCAGCAUCAGUAUUGUGGCAAUCAUCCAGAAGAAGGAGAGGGUGAUGAUGAUGAUGAUGAUGCUGAUGAUGAUGAUGAAUAUGAAUGCAUUUCAGAAGGUAGUGGAGAUAUGAAGUUGAAUAUACAAAGAAUGCAAUGGAGGGUCCUUGAAUUGGAGAAAAUGUGUAAUGAAAUGAAGGGUCAAAUGUCAAAAUUGGUGAGGCAUAAUAGAUCUUUUAGUUCCCCUUCAUAUAAUAGACCACCUCCUAGACUUUGUUAAUUCCUUUUAUUUUAAUUUCCUACCCACCCUCUAUAAGUGUAUAAGAUGAUCAUUUUUUCUUUCUUUUCCUUAAAUUUUGGUCACAUAUUGGUAUAAUUAAGUUUGUAAAUUUAAGGGCGUGUUUAGCUAUAUUUCAAUAUAUAAGAAAAUUGAAAUUAUGGCCUCAAUAA